AUGGCCACAUUCUCAAAUACCUCCGAGGCAUUCUACGAUGAUGUCUCUGGAAACUCUCCAAGAGCCUUUCGGAAUCCUCAGAUGAAUCGGCCCAUUGGUCGUAAUGAUGGCUAUGGAAGUAUGCAUAACCCCAUGUACGGGGGCGAGGGUUCACUGCCCACCAUGCGCUUUGAUAACAUGAGAGAUGGUUUCAAUGGACAAAUGCAGAAUCCUCCACCCGGAAAUAUCCACUUUCCUUAUGACGCUGGCGCAGCGCAAACUUGGAGUUCUAGUGGUGGUUCGCUGCAGUCAUUUGGAAAUGGUCUCAAUGGUAUGCCUCAGAACCCAAACUUCGGUCCCUCGAGAAGUGUCAAACCGAGUCGCGGCCGAGCUGGCAUCUCAAAUCUCUGGUUCGAUCAAUCUUCCCAAUUCCAACAGCAACAGCCCCAGCAUCCUUCCUUGCUUUCCCAACGAUCAGGUCCUCAAGGCCGCAACGAACAUCAGGAUGAUGAUGACGAGCUGAUUCCCACCGCCAUUGUGAUCAAGAAUAUCCCAUUUGCCGUCAAAAAGGAGCAGCUUGUUCAAUUGAUGGUCGAUAUGAAUUUGCCACUGCCGUACGCCUUCAACUACCACUUCGACAAUGGUGUCUUCCGAGGACUUGCCUUCGCAAAUUUCACAUCGCCACAGGAAACAGAACAAGUCAUUCAGGCCCUCAACCACAUGGAUCUUAGUGGUCGCAAGUUGAGGGUCGAGUACAAGAAGAUGCUUCCUCUGGCCGAACGCGAACGAAUUGAACGCGAGAAGCGAGAGCGUCGUGGCCAACUGGAAGAGCAACAUCGUCCCGUACCACAGUCUCAACUUCACAAUCAAGUCUCAAUGUCGUCCUUGUCGAGAAACACGCCCUCUCCAUUGUCACAUCGGAGCUCCAAACCCGACAUCGACAUGAAUGACGCGAAGACUCUGGAAUUCUAUACCAACAUGACUUUGUUCAAACAAGACCCAAGUCGGGAAGUCUUGAUUUUCCCCACAACCUUGGAGCCACAUCACCGUCGCGUGGUCCACACCUUGGCCCAUCAUAUGGGAUUGAUGCAUACUUCGCGAGGCAGCGGUGAACAACGGCAAGUCCACAUCCACCGCCCAGCUCCAGGCACCAACGUAAGUCCACCAACUAUUCCCGGGGCCUUUGGAUCGGGCGAGGGUCUUCGUCAAACGUUGGCCCGUUCUUCCACCGCCGACUUUAGCGAGGGACGACAAUAUGAAUCGCCUGCUUUCAAUACUCUGCGUGGGCAAUCUUCGGUCGGACUCCUUGAUGUCCUAGAUACCAAUGCAUUUGGCAGAACGGCUGAUAGCAAUUUACGCAAUGCCAAAUCCUUUGCAGAUCUUCGGUCCUGGAGCCCUUCGCCAGUGCCAUCAUCGGCGAGCUUCCCGGCCGCGCUGCAAACCAACGGCGCCCGUCUGCAAGCCUUGAAUGACACUGCUGGUUCAAACACCCCUACAUUGACCCCCACCGCCGGCCCGACCGCGCCAGGUGCCAAUCGGGAUGAACCAUUUCUGAUUUCUGGCUUCUCCAACCUAUCUAUGGGCAACAGCAACGCCAGUCAAACCAGCCCUCGACGCCAACGAAGCUUCUUUGGGAACGAAGCCGAAUGGAACAACGGCCAGGCUUUUCAAGCGACCGCUCCUAUUGGUAGCAAGAGAACCGUCAGCAUGGGACCUGAGGCCAGCAAUCCCAACAACAAUCCAGUCCGUCAAUCCCGUGGCCCUGGUGCCAACAAUGCAAUGGGAUUUCGCCGCCAGAAUGGCCGUGGCAGCGACGAAUUGAGAGCGGCCACCGCCGCGAUCGCCGAAUGA